AUGGAUGUUUUUUUGAAAAGAAUUUUCGCAUUCGAAUUGGAGAAUCGUUUCGUCCCAGCUGAGGCUUCUCUAUUGCGAACAUUGAUUUUUUGGCUUAUUUGUUCGUUGUGCGUGUUAUUGAAGUUAGCGAGUUCGUUUGAGGCGUUCGGUUUCCGCGAAACGAAUCCAAAUGUUGGUUCGGAAUUUGAUUUCGCCGGAAUUUUAGCUCCGAUCUUUCGAAAUUGCUCAAAUCUUAGGGUUGAAGCAAUGGAUGUCGAUUCCUCGAUGGUGCCGGAGACUGAUCACGAUCCGGCUGUGCAGAACCACGCUGCCGCUGCUACAGCGCCGGCUGAGACGGAGGGAGAGCAGCUAGCGGAGCCUCCGUCGUCCGGAGUCGGAUCUCCGGCGCCUGCUUCGGCUCCGCAGAGUUCGGUGGGCGGACCCAGGCUGGCGCCAACUUACACUGUGGUGAAUGCAAUUUUGGAGAAGAAGGAGGACGGACCGGGGCCGAGGUGUGGCCACACGUUGACGGCGGUGGCGGCGGUCGGAGAGGAGGGGACGUCGGGGUACAUUGGUCCGAGGCUGAUUUUGUUCGGCGGUGCCACUGCUCUUGAAGGAAAUUCCGCGGCUUCAGGGACUCCUUCAUCUGCUGGAAAUGCUGGCAUACGUAUAAUGGUCUUUGCAACUGGCAAUGAUUGCAAUCCUGGCCACUUGGCGAACAUUCUUGAUUGUUUAGGAAUUGGCUACAUCUGCGUAUCUUCCUGUGAGGAGUGGUUCAAGAUAAACCAUAAUUUAUAUAGAUUUAUAUGUUUUUCGCUUUUUAGAAGAGUUCAUAUUGAUUGGAUUAGGGGAACUUCUUCUGCAAAUAAAAUGGCAUUUGUUAUAGCUUUAACAAUUGUGUGUUAUGGUUUAGCUGGUGCCACAGCUGAUGUCCACUGUUAUGAUGUCUUGACUAAUAAAUGGUCUAGGUUAAAUCCCUUUGGAGAGUCUCCAACUCCAAGGGCUGCACAUGUGGCGACUGCUGUGGGAACUAUGGUGGUUAUUCAGGGUGGCAUUGGUCCUGCUGGUUUGUCAGCUGAGGACCUUCAUGUUCUUGAUCUAACUCAGCAGUGGCCACGUUGGCAUAGAGUAUCUGUUCAGGGCCCUGGACCUGGGCCACGUUAUGGACAUGUAAUGGCUUUGGUUGGGCAGAGGUAUCUAAUGGCAAUUGGAGGCAAUGAUGGAAAGAGACCUUUGGCGGAUGUAUGGGCCUUGGACACAGCUGCCAAGCCUUAUGAAUGGCGCAAGUUAGAGCCAGAAGGAGAGGGCCCACCUCCAUGCAUGUAUGCAACUGCAAGUGCACGCUCCGAUGGACUUCUUCUACUUUGUGGAGGGAGGGAUGCGAAUAGUGUUCCAUUGGCAAGUGCAUAUGGACUUGCUAAACACAGAGAUGGUCGUUGGGAAUGGGCCAUUGCCCCAGGUGUCUCACCAUCAUCAAGAUAUCAGCAUGCAGCGGUAUUUGUCAAUGCAAGGCUCCAUGUUUCUGGUGGGGCUCUUGGAGGGGGAAGGAUGGUUGAAGACUCAUCAAGUGUUGCAGUAUUGGACACUGCUGCUGGUGUUUGGUGUGAUACAAAAUCUGUUGUUACCAGUCCAAGAACUGGUAGAUAUAGUGCUGAUGCAGCGGGAGGAGAUGCUGCGGUUGAGUUGACUCGGCGCUGUAGGCAUGCAGCUGCCGCAGUUGGUGACCUAAUUUUUAUUUAUGGUGGUUUACGUGGCGGAGUCUUGCUAGAUGAUCUACUUGUUGCUGAAGAUCUUGCAGCUGCUGAAACAACAGCUGCUGCUUCACAUGCUGCUGCAGCUGCAGCUGCAUCUAAUGUACAAGCAGGGCGCUUACCUGGACGAUAUGGAUUUGUUGAUGAUAGAACGAGACAAGCAAUUCCUGAGGCAGCUGCUGAUGGUUCUGUUGUUUUGGGAAAUCCAGUUGCACCCCCAAUGAAUGGUGACAUUUAUACUGAUAUCAGCACUGAAAAUGCCAUGCUUCAGGGACCUCGGCGAACUGCUAAAGGUGUGGAGUAUCUGGUUGAAGCAUCAACUGCAGAAGCUGAAGCUAUCAGUGCAGCACUGGCUGCUGCCAAGGCACGACAGGAAAAUGGAGAAGCCGAAGUGCCUGACAGAGACCGUGGGGCGGAGGCUACCCCAAGUGGGAAACAAACAUCUUCCUUGAUCAAGCCUGAUUCGGCAAGUUCAAAUAACAUUACCCCUUGGGGAGUUCGGCUGCAUCACAGAGCUGUAGUUGUUGCUGCAGAGACUGGUGGUGCAUUAGGUGGCAUGGUUAGACAGCUUUCAAUUGAUCAAUUUGAAAAUGAAGGCAGGCGGGUUAGUUAUGGGACUCCAGAAAGUGCAACUGCUGCCAGGAAAUUAUUAGAUAGGCAGAUGUCUAUUAAUAGUGUACCAAAAAAGGUCAUUGCACACCUCUUAAAGCCCCGGGGAUGGAAACCACCAGUACGGCGGCAGUUUUUCUUGGAUUGUAAUGAAAUUGCUGAUCUUUGUGACAGUGCUGAGCGGAUUUUUUCAAGUGAACCAAGUGUUUUACAACUCAGGGCACCAAUUAAGAUAUUUGGUGACCUACAUGGACAGUUUGGUGAUCUCAUGCGCCUUUUUGACGAGUAUGGUUCACCAUCAACUGCUGGUGACAUUGCAUAUAUCGAUUAUCUAUUCCUAGGAGAUUAUGUUGAUCGAGGACAGCAUAGCUUGGAAACUAUAACCCUUCUUCUUGCUUUGAAGGUUGAGUAUCCCAACAACGUACAUCUAAUUCGUGGAAACCAUGAAGCUGCGGAUAUUAACGCUCUCUUUGGUUUUCGAAUUGAGUGCAUAGAGAGGAUGGGUGAGAGAGACGGAAUUUGGACCUGGCACAGGAUAAACAAGCUGUUUAAUUGGCUUCCUUUAGCAGCUUUAAUUGAGAAAAAAAUUAUUUGCAUGCAUGGUGGUAUUGGUCGAUCAAUAAAUCAUGUAGAGCAGAUUGAAAACAUUCAGCGUCCAAUUCCAAUGGAAGCGGGAUCAAUUGUGCUUAUGGAUCUGUUGUGGUCUGAUCCGACAGAGAAUGACAGUGUGGAAGGACUACGGCCUAAUGCCAGAGGUCCUGGAUUAGUUACUUUUGGGCCUGAUCGGGUGAUGGAAUUUUGCAACAACAAUGAUCUUCAACUGAUUGUUCGUGCACAUGAAUGUGUGAUGGAUGGGUUUGAGCGUUUUGCCCAAGGACAUUUGAUCACACUUUUUUCAGCUACAAAUUAUUGUGGUACCGCAAAUAAUGCCGGGGCAAUAUUAGUCUUGGGUAGAGAUCUUGUCGUGGUCCCUAAACUUAUUCAUCCAUUACCACCAGCAAUUUCCUCACCAGAAACGUCACCAGAACGUCACAUUGAAGAUACAUGGAUGCAGGAGUUGAAUGCUAACAGACCACCAACACCAACUAGAGGCCGCCCCCCAGUAACAAAUGACCGAGGUUCUCUGGCUUGGAUAUAA